ACUUUUAUUUUGAAAGCGGUUUUCUUCUGUAGGCUUUGCAUGAAGAAAUUACCCAACGACCUUCGAUGUAUUCAUAGUACAGUUUGUUUCGUUGCACCGCAAAAGUAUUGAAUUUCCUGUAGAAGAGACACAAGACUUGUAUACCUGACGUUACAGAUAAGAAGCAUUUAAAAAAAGGAAUUUAUAUAUGUGUUAUAUACUCUAUAUUUAGUUUGUCGUUGUGAGAUAUGCGUUUUGAUGGCUUAUUUGUUCCGUUUUGAACUACCAUUUUAAAUUUAGUUAAUUCACAAAAACAUGUGGCUGAUGUUAGGGUAUAGGUUUUUGUUAUUCAAGAUUGGCAGGUUUGUAAAAUCGGAGAUAAUGUCUGUCCGUGCUAUUGCAGUACACAUGUCACCAGUUUAUUCUUAUUUCGAUGAGCCAGUACAGGUCAUAGUUCGUGGGCUCUUACCUAAACAGACUGUGAAUUUGAUAGCGAGAGUGAAAGAUGACAAAGAUAUAAUUUUCCAGGGCUCCGCCGUACACCAGGCUACUGAAAAUGGAGAGGUGGAUUUGAACUGCUCUCCCUCUCUGGGUGGCACCUACACUGGAGUUGAGCCUAUGGGGCUCUUUUGGUCGUUGACACCAUUAGCCUCUCAUCAUAAAUUGACACGGUGGGAUGCAUCAAGGCCUUUGUUAGUGGAUAUUGAGGUGGUCAGUAAUGAAAGAGCUGGACUUGUCCUCGCCAAGGUGACGCACCAAAGGCGUUUCAUGAAGGAAGGUGUCCAAAGGGUGGUCGUGACAGAUGGUGGACUACGUGGAACCCUUUUCAUUCCACCAGGGCCAGGGCCAUUCCCUGGCAUUGUGGACCUGUAUACCUUAGGUGGCGGCCCAUCAGAACCGAGAGCCAGUCUGCUGGCCAAUAAAGGCUUCGUAGUGCUCGCUCUGGCUUUCUACCGCUACAAGGAUUUGCCUAAAAGACUUGACAAACUAGAUCUGGAGUACUUUGAAGAGGGAGUACGCUUCUUGCUGAAACAACCCAAAGUGAAAGGCUCUGGAGUGGGAGUUAUUUCCAUCUCCAAGAGUGGGGAUAUAGCCCUGUCAAUGGCAUCAUAUCUACCAGGAGUCAAAGCGGUCGUCUCCAUUAACGGCUGCUGUGCCAACACCUUGUUUCCCCUCAAGUACAAAGGCACUGUUCUCCCUCCGCUCUUGCCUGACGUAGAGAAAAUAAUCCGCACAGAGCAAGGACUUUUGGACAUCACCAAGACCAUGCCGAAUCCCAUGGCCGAAGAGAACCAGGCCUCUGUGAUCCCCAUUGAGCGUGCAGACAGCCACUUCCUGUUUGUAGCGUCUGAAGACGACAAGAACUGGGACAGUGUCUUUUUCGCUGAGCUGGCUGGCCAGCGACUCAGAGCGCAUGGCAAGGAGAACUUUGAGGUGGUGAGGUACCCCAGGGCAGGUCACUUUGUGGACGUCCCCUACAUGCCCUUCUACCCCUCUGGGGUCCAUGCAGCCGCAGGUGAAGUGGUGAUGUUCGGAGGAGAGACUGGAGCUAAUGCACAUGCUCAGGUGGACUUAUGGGGGAGGGUCCAGGCGUUCUUCAGGAAGCAUUUAGACAGUGACCACCCACAAUGCAAAGCAAGGCUCGAAAGCACUUAGGGCACACAUAAAUCAACAUGUUUGUGUCUACUCAUUUACAUUUAGUCAUUUAGUCAUUUAGCAGACGCUUUUGUCCAAAGUGACGUACAAGGGA